CAAUGCACGUGUUGACCUCCAUCUUCGUUGAAUUGCAGAGACUCCCAAGUCAAGGCACUACAUAUAUAUAUAUAUAUAUAUAUUUACGAGCUCGUCCGUUCGGACAAACAGUAUCCUAAGCAAAAUCUUUAUAAUUUUCGAAACCACUGGUAGCUAAAGCAAAAACCAGCAGUAAAAGCUACAGUCAUAAAAAUCCAGACCUACUGGCACCCCCCAUUCACCUGAAUCCUGCCUCUCUCUCUCUCUCUCUCUCUCUCUCUCUCUAGCUCUAGCCUUUCGUUUUCUCUCCUCUAAAUUCCCUGCAGUUUGAUCUUUUCUAUUGAUGAACAGCUUGUUAGUUGAGGGGAGAGUGGUGAGCUUUCAUUUGGUGGAUUUAUUUAUUUUUAAAUGGGUAUUUGUUAUUCGUCGAAUAGGAAGAGAAAGGGAGAGUGGGAGGAGAGCGGAUAUGGAAUUGGAAACCCUGAUUUCAAAUUGAAGAGCAGCUCCGGCGACUUGGCCGCUUUAAUCAGUAAAUUAAGCGGCGGCGGAGCAGCGGAGGAGCGAGCGCUGCAUCAAAUCCCCGGCAGGCUGUUCUCGAACGGGUCGAGCCGCAUCGCGAGCUUGUACACUCAGCAAGGCAAGAAAGGAACCAAUCAAGACUCCAUGGUCGUUUGGGAGAAUUUCUGCUCGGAAGGCUUCAAUUCUGAUGCAACUUUCUGCGGUGUGUUCGACGGCCAUGGCCCGUACGGACACAUGGUUUCGAGAAGGGUGCGCGACGCGCUGCCGAUACUGCUACGUACGCAGUGGGAAAGCAAUCCUGAGAGUGAUGAAAAUGAAAACCAUGGAAGUGUUGAAGGAAUGAAACGAUUCGACGACUUCAUGGAUGAGGAUGGAUGUGAAUCAGUCGAAGGAGACGAUGGCGAAGGCAUCCCGGAGAUACAUAUUCCUCUCAAGAAAUCGUUUGUUAAAGCUUUCAAGCUAAUGGAUAAGGAGCUGAAGCUGCAUCCGACUAUCGACUGCUUCUGCAGCGGCACGACUGCCGUGACUCUGAUCAAGCAGGGUCAGGAUCUUAUAAUUGGAAAUAUCGGCGACUCAAGAGCAAUCCUGGGGACGCGGGGCGAGGACAAUUCAUUAGAGGCUGUACAGCUGACUGUGGACUUGAAACCGAAUCUUCCAAGGGAAGCUGCGAGGAUCCAUAAAUGUUUAGGGAGGGUUUUUGCGUUGCAGGACGAACCUGACGUGGCGCGGGUAUGGCUGCCGAACAGCGAUACGCCGGGAUUGGCCAUGGCUAGAGCCUUCGGUGACUUCUGUCUUAAGGAUUUCGGUUUAAUCUCGAUGCCGGAUGUGUAUCACCAUCACAUCACUGAGAGAGAUGAGUUCGUCAUUCUUGCCACCGAUGGGGUGUGGGAUGUUCUAUCCAAUAAAGAAGCGGUAGACAUCGUGGCCUCGGCGCCUGGCCCAGGAACAGCUGCUAGAGCUCUCGUCGAUUGUGCUACGAGAGCUUGGAGGCUUAAGUACCCGACGUCCAAGAAUGACGACUGUGCCGUUGUGUGUCUGUUUCUCAAACAUGCGGGCAUGCACGAUGCCCCUAGAUCAAGAAACAAUGCAGCGAAUGUCUCUCCCGAAGAGGAAACGAAGAGGGUUCCGUUAGAAACAGAUUCUGAUGAACAAGCUGUUGACGGCAUCAUGCGAUCAGGGACGACUAAAGAGUCCAGCGAAAUAGUGCCUGUUGCAGAGGAAGUCGUCGAUAAGGAAAUUGGCAAGGCUUUGGGACAGUCGAAAAGGAGCUUGGCGGAGUGCAUUUCCACUGCGGACGAUGAAGAAUGGUCGGCGCUUGAAGGUAUUACCCGAGUUAAUAGCUUGCUGAGUCUCCCAAGAUUCUUGCCAUUCGAUAGACGAUCGCUGAGCUGGAGAAAAUGGCUAUGAAAUCGCGUUACGAUUCGAGUACCCGACCUGAACCGGACCCGAACACAAAUCCUGGAGGAUUGCCUGUGUCAUUCCUGACUCAAAAUUUAAGGUAAAGAACAUCGUUGUUUGGUUAACAUUUUUUCGCUAGCAUUUGUGUUGUUAGAACUUAGAAGAAUUUUGUUUUUGCAUUUCAUUUAAUUUGUUGUGUGUUAGAAGCAGAUGAAGAAGAAGUUACCCAAUCUGCUUCCCCAUGGAGAUGGAAUAUUUUGAAUUAUGGUAUUAAUGAUU